GAACUAUUGCGUGUAGUAUCAGAAUCUCCUCAACUAUAAUGACCUCCAACUCUACUUCGCUUCCAUCCGUCCCGCGCGUCAACCUGGGCGACAACAUCAUCCUUCAACCCCCUCUUUCACGAUGCGGACAGGGUCCAGGCCUGAUUUUGAUAAGAUCAGCCAAUGUUGCAGAAUGCCAGAACAAAAAUACCAGUCUAGACCCAGAGCCACUGCAGAAGUGGGCCGAGGAAAGCUAUGUAGUUGCGCAGAUCACUUUCGACUCAGACUCAAGCGCAAACGCUUCUCUACUGUCGAUCAGAAUUGACAGCGCAAUUGCCGGCUUAAUCGCCCUGUCUGAAUGCAAUGACAAGGAGAAAUUCGGCAUAUUAGUCUACGGCUCCCAAUCCGAUUACGCCCCAACUUUCAUCCACUCACUGCUGGCCCACAUCAGUGGCACAAAUAAGUUUGCAGCAAUAGUAUACCACAGCAUUUGGGACGCUUCCUCCGAUACUCCAACACUCAUGCACAUCCCAGGGUCCCAUGCACCCACUACCAAUGGCACCAACUACGUCUACCCCGACGUAUCCUCUCCCGGCUUCAUCAUCCCCGGUCACCCCGACUUCAAAUACUCCACUGCCAGUGUAGCGCAUACCCGUUCCCUCACCUUCCUCAAGAGUCACCUGAGCGGGCCAUACUUCGACCUGGAGAAAAUCUGGGCCGAACACACAUACUACGAAUUCGAUGUUCGAUCUGUCGAAAAGACCAUGGCCACAAUGGUUCAAGAACCAUAUGUGAACCAUAUCCCGACCAUGACCGGCGGCAUUGGCCGCACCAAACUAAGCAACUUUUACCUCCACCACUUCAUCUUCAACAACCCCGACGACACCGCUCUAGAGCUGAUAAGUCGGACUGUGGGUAUUGAUCGCGUUGUAGAUGAGUUUAUUUUCUCCUUUACACAUGAUAAGGAGGUAGAUUGGUUGGUCCCCGGCAUUCCCCCAACCCACAAACCGCUUCGCAUCCCCUUUACAUCGGUCGUCAACAUCCGCGGCGACCGACUCUACCACGAGCACAUCGCAUGGGAUCAAGCGACCGUUCUCGUUCAGUUGGGUCUCCUGCCACAAUGGUUGCCUUUUCCGUACCAACUACCGGAUGGAAGGACACCCGCGCCAGGGAAGAGAUUCGAGUACAAAGUGCCUGCUGGAGGCGUAGAGACCGCGGAGAAAUUGAAGGACGAGAGUGCGGUGGAGUCGAAUGGGAUGUUUGGAGUGGGGAUUAGGGAGGUGGAUGAUUCGUGAAUUGGGUUGGACUUGAAGUGUGAUUGGAAUAUGUGAGCAUAGUAGUAUGGUAGUAUAGUAGCAUUUUGAAUGGAAUUGCUAAUCUUGAUAGAAUUGUC